CUUUUACUUUUUUUUUAUUUAUAUAUAUAUAUAUAUUCUAUUUUCCCCCAACAAAACCAGAAGGAAGCAUCUCGGCCAUCAGCCAUGUAUUCUGACUGUACAGCACUGAUGACAAAUUAAUGUAUGUGUUUGGUGCCACUAAUUCAUUGCUGUGAGAGGUACACACAGAUAGAUAACGUUACCCUCUGAUUUAACAGCCCCACUAGGUCAGCUGUGCAGUGAAAGUGAUGCUGCAAUGCAGUUAUGUGAAUUCUGUACUGACACUUUCUAUUAAACAUAUCUAGAUCUAUGUAUGGUGUGCUGACAGGAGAUGAGGUAUACUAUUUAAAAGAUGAAUUACUGCGACUUUCAAACCACCUUGUAAAGUCAAUUUUUCAUGCUGCAACUUUAAUCUGAUGUGUUUUGGAAGUACUGCUGGGAAUAAAGCAAAAAUAUAUAUACAAAAAAAAAAAAAAAAGCGUAUUUCAUCAUUUAUAACUGUGAACAAGCAUUCAAUAGCUACUGAGUUCAUAACUGUCAUUAGAAACAUCCACUUGUCUAACCACAGUCUGUAAAGCACACAGAAGACCAGCUGUUGGAAAAGUUGCUGUGAAGUAAAGCGAGUAGGAGAGCUCCAAAGCCAGCAGCCAUCCUUUGGGCUUUCAGAAAAGUCAACAGCUGCUUUAUUCAUGGGAAAUGCCAUUUUUUUUUUAUGUUAGCUGUAUUUUUUUGGAGUUUUAUAAUCCUUCUUUGCAAAGCUACCUGUAAGAAAGUAAUAUUUAAAUUUUGCAGGGUUUUAACAAAUGCCCAGGUGACGACUUUAAUUUACCUUUUGUAAUGACAACUGCAACAAGCCAUGGUGAAGUCACUGAUGCAGAUUCAAUUUCACAGCAAACUAAACUUUGCUCUGAGGUGGAUGAAGAGAAUAUGGAAACAAUGAAUGAAUUGUAUUCGAAACUCUACAAAGAGGCUGAGAAGAUCAAGCGAUGGAAACUGUCUGUAGAAUCAGAACUAAAGCAGAAGGAAAGAAAAUUUCAAGAAAAUAGAAAGAUUAUUGAAGCACAGCGUAAAGCCAUUCAAGAAUUGCAGUUUGAAAAUGAAAAGCUAAGUUUGAAACUGGAAGAUGAGAUAUGUGAAAAUAAAGAUCUUUUAAAAGAAAACAGUGCUUCAAGACACCUGUGUAACCUACUCAAAGAAACCUGUAGUCACUUCACAGAGAAGUCCACCAAAUAUGAACAUGAAAGAGAAGAAACAAGACAACUGUAUGAGGAACUUAAUAACAACAUUGAAAGAAUGAUAGUGGCAUUUGAAGAGCUUCGCGUGCAAGCAGAGAACACCAGACUGGAAAUGUGUUUCAAGUUAAAAGAAGCAGAAGAAAAAAUGGACAACUUUGAAAGAGAAUGCAAGCUAGAAGUCAGUAUGAAGGAAAAGCAGAUUUCAGUUCUUACCGUAAGGUGUAAUGAAAAAGAUGAUGUAAUAAGAGACAUCAAGACUCACCUGCAGGAAUCAAAAAAUAAGAUUGCGGACUUAGAAGAAGCAAAAAAACAUGAAGGGGAAAUGUUAAAGGAAUCUCAGCUCAAUCAAGAAUAUUUAAAGGCAGAACUGGAAGAGGCUAAAAAUUCAUUGCGAAAAACAGAGGCUACUCAAGAGAGCUUAGAAACUGAACUGCAGAGUACAGUGAAAGCAUUAAUUCAGGUCACUCAGGAGAAAGAAACACAGAUGGAAGAAUGUAAAGAAGCAAAGGCUUUGCAUGCAUCCAUGAUAGAAGAGUUCAAGACUUCGACUUACAAUUUGAAAAGCUUGCUGCAAGAAGAACAAAAUAGAUUGAAGAAAUACAAAGAUGAGUCAAAACUGCUUACACUGGAGCUCACAAAUAAGUCUGCUGAGCUUGAAGAGAUGACUAAACUAAAACGUGAGAAAGAAAUGCAACUUGAAGAGCUGUCUGAAACCCUGGGAAAAGCUGAAGAACUUCUAGCGAAGAAGAAAGAUCUUGAAGCUACUGUUGAAAAUUUGCAAGAGAGAGAAAAAGAGAUGAAAAAUAUUCUUCAAGUCAGAGAGAAAGAAAUGUGUGAUCUGAAAGUACAGCUGACUUGUUCAGUUGAAAAGGAACAAAAUUAUUUGAAACAGCUCACAACACUGAAUGCAGAUCUUGAACGAGAGGCACUAAAGAAUGAGCAACUAACAGUGAAUAUCAAUACACUGUUAUUAGAGAAAGAACAAAUGGCACAAGAGAAAAGUAAGAUGGCUACAGAACUCAAGAAACUGCAGGAAAGUCUUGAGGAUCAAAGGGAAAAAGAAGAAAACAUAAAGCAGUUAGUAGAACAUCUGGAAGAAGCAAAUGGUCAACUAAGAAAUGAACUGGAGUCUUUGAGAGAGAAGAUGGCAAAGAAAGGCGAAGAGGUUAAAAGCAAACUGGAUGAAAGUGAAGAAAAUACUAAGAGUAUUGAAAAUGAAAUUUUGAAAAAGGAAAGACAGUUGAAGAUGCUAGAGAAUAAGUUGAAUACUAUGAAGAAACAGGUGGAAAAUAAAACAAAGUGCAUUGAAGAGUUGCAGCAGGAGAAUAAGGUACUGAAAAAGAAAAUGACCGCAGAAAGCAAGAAAACAAGCAGUUAUGAAGGGAAGGUGAACAAGCUACAGUUAGAGAUGGAAAAUAUGAACAAGCAACAUAAGGCAAGAGUUGACAUUUAUGAAAAAGAAAUUGAAGCAAAAGGAGUAACUGAAAAUAACUUACUUGAAGAGAUAGAAAAAAUGAGGUUACUUGCUGAUGAAGCAACGAUAGCACAGAGAGAAACUGAUAUCCGAUGUCAACACAAGAUAACUGAAAUGAUGGCACUUAUGGAAAAGCACAAGCAUGAAUAUGAUAAAAUGGUUGAAGAAAAAGAUACAGAGUUAAAACUAUAUAAGAUAAAAGAGCAAGAGCAGUCAUCAUUGAAAAGAGCUUUGGAAACUGAACUAUCAUGUUUGAAAAGUGAACUGUCAUCCCUUAAGGAACAGCUUAAAGCAGAAAUUGAAAACAAGGAGAAUCUUGAAAAAGAACUCUCCAAAAAUAGGGCUCCUGAAACUGAAAAGAAGGACAAGAAAAUACAAACUCAUUUUUCUGAGACUCCUAAAACUCAUUUAGAUCCAGACUCUGCAUCUAUUAAUGUAAAAAAACUAUCCUCUCAGAGUGAUAUUCCUAUAAAAACCAGCAUGAUGGAAAGUACAAAAACAUCUCCUCGAGCAUUUCUACAGAGUCCUUUGGUCAGACGAUCACUGAAGACAUAUACUGUAAGGACUCCCCCAGUACACAAAAUGCAAAGUGAAAGCUCAGGUCUGAUUUCAGAACAGAGGAAAAAGCAAAAAGUGCUUCUGCAGCUGGAUGCUCAGUCAGAUAGCUCUGAACACAGCGACCUUCUGAGCCUUGUUUCAGAUGAAGAAGUAUUUAAAAAAUUAUACAAAGAUUAUCCACAAGCUUCACAAUUAUAUGCAAUGACACCAAAACAGAAACCAACUACAUCAAACCUGAAAGCUCCAAGCUCUGCACUAAAGCUUGCAACUAUGAGAAAAGUGAGAGAGACUGGAUGGACUGCAGUUUCCAAAAUAGACAGGAAGAGAAAAAUUAAAGACGCUGAAAAACUCUUCUACUUAAAAAAAAAAAAAAGAGCAGUGCCCUAACAUUAUUUGAUUAGGACAACUCAGUAUUCUUUGAGCAUUAGUACUUUGUUGCAUAUUUCUGCCAUAUUCGGUAUGUUUAAUACAUGAAUUUCCUUGAUUCAGAUAGUUCCUUAUAUAAUUAUAAUCUGCAGAGCAUUUUCAGUGUUUUAUUCACAUUAUAAAAAGUCUGGAGACAUUUUAAUAUUGAAAUGAGAAUAAUUCAAACAAAACUGUUGCCAUAAAAAAAAAAUUCUGUUUCUAGAAAUGCUGGUUUUAAAGAAAUUCAGUUUUGUUCUUUAAAUUUACUCUUUCUUAAUACACAAUUCACAAAACGAUAUAAUUUAGUAAAUGAAAUGCUGAAGCUGCUAAUGUGCAGCAUUUUUACCCAAAGUUGUCUUGCAUUUUCUUCUUUUUCAGUGUUUUGUUGCCAGUAGCUACUUCCUCCUAUAUUAGAAUAGUUUCAAAACUUCCAAAAUGCUAUUUCCAAAAUUCUGUUUUCAAUAGAAUUAUGAAGGUUUAAGAAGAUCUCUGCAUCAUUAGGAACAUAGUUUAAGACUGUAACCAGUGUUAAGAUGUCAUUAAAUUGUUGAUCUCAAAGUGUACAGUGUGGGGCCGUAUGUUGAUCCUUUAUUUAUUAGGGCACAGAUAUAAAUCACAGGGCAGCUUUUCUAAGAAAUAACAGCUUCUGCUAGGGAAGCAUAGAAUUACGUCUAUUUCUGCAUGAAUCUCUAAUUAAUCUUGGUUUCACAACUAUUAAAACAAACAAACAAAAAAAACCUGCUUCAGAGCCUAAGAAUAACAAGAGAUCUUAAAAAUAUUAACAGAAGUUCCUGGAGUGGGCAGCAAAACUUGAAUUUCAUUCUUUUUGUGCAGCUGAAAGUACAGAGAGCACAAAAGAGAAUACAGAAAAUCCAAAUAAAUCUUAAAGAACUUGCAGUUUCAAGACUCACUCCAUUUGACAACUGAACUUUACACCAAAAGCAUUAAAGAAAAUGUAUAAAGAUAUUAAAGGACUCUAACAACAAAAACACAGUGCAAAUCACAGUAUUAAUGGUCAUCACUGUCUUCCUAGAGCCUUUUCUGUUCCUACCCAUUAAAGUAUUUAAUUUUGUUAAGAGGAGAGAGAAACAUAAACCAGUGUUUACACUGAGCAGAUAGAACUUACAUUUUUAUCUGAGAAAAGAAA